UUCUGGGACAAGAUCAAUGUCCUCCAGUUCACCUCCAUCACUUUGGAGAACAAGGGCUCUGUAGCUCGAGACCACAUGGCUAAUGAAAGAACGUUUCUUGCCUGGUUGCGAACAUCGCUUUCAUUCAUAACAAUUGGGAUUGGCGUGACUCAAUUAUUCAGAUUAGAACACAAGUCGUCAUCAGUAAAGAUUAACUCCACCGUAUUGGCCCUCACUCAUCCAGAUGAAGAAGGCGAGCCUAUAGCAAAGUACGGAAAACCAUUGGGCUCAGUAUUUAUAGUAUUGGGCAUAGUGACGUUGAUCUUUGGCAUGCUUCGUUUCUUCAAGGUGCAGACGAUGUUAACGAAGAAUUACUAUCCUGCUACACGGCUCCUGCUAUUGAGCUUGAUCUUAGUCGUUCUAGCAGUGAUUUUGGUGACGUUCUUGAUGGUAAUCCAGGCUUCUAUAUGA